AUGGCAUCAGAGGCAGUUACUGAGAGGAAAGCUGAAGUUCAAGCAUUUGAUGACUCAAAAACGGGUGUUAAAGGUGUAGUAGAUUCUGGGGUCGCAAAGAUCCCUCUCAUGUUCCAUGUCAAGUUAGAUUCUAUUCACACCCCACCAACUGAUUCCAACUUCACCAUUCCAAUCAUAGAUCUUCACCACAGCAACUCUGUUCAGCGUGUUGAAGUAGUUGACCAGAUUAGGAGUGCAUCUCAAAAGUGGGGUUUUUUCCAAGUGAUCAAUCAUGACGUUGCUGUUGAGGUCUUGGAUGAGAUGAUCAGUGGAAUCCGCAGGUUUCAUGAACAAGAUGCUGAGGCAAAGAAACCCUUUUACUCAAGAGAUACCAGUAGGAAAGUCAGAUACUUUUCUAACGGGAGGCUGUUCAGAGACAUGGCUGCUACUUGGAGGGACACUAUUGCAUUUGAUGUCAAUCCUGAUCCUCCAAACCCACAAGAUAUGCCAGCAGUGUGUAGAGACAUUGUGGCUGAAUAUUCAAAACAAGUAAAGUCAUUGGGUAUGACAAUCUUUGAGCUACUGUCAGAGGCUCUUGGCCUUAAUCCUUCUUACCUUAAAGAAAUGGACUGCGCUAAAGCACUUUAUGUUAUGGGUCAAUUCUAUCCAGAAUGCCCUGAGCCUGAUUUAACCAUGGGCAUUGCAAAGCACACUGAUUGUAAUUUCAUGACAAUUCUUUUGCAAGAUCAGAUAGGUGGUCUUCAAGUUCUUCAUGAGAAUCGUUGGGUUAAUGUACCGCCAGUGGAAGGAGCACUUGUUGUAAACAUUGGAGAUAUAUUACAGCUUAUGACAAAUGACAAGUUCAUCAGUGUGUAUCACCGGGUCUUGUUGAGGAAUAUAGUCCCCCGAAUUUCUGUAGCAACCUUCUUCAUGAAUUUUACUAAGCCUGAGUGUACAUCGAAGCUUUAUGGUCCAAUAAAGGAAUUAUUAUCAGAAGAAAACCCUCCACUCUACAGGGACAUUACUAUGAAAGAAAUCUUGACAAAUUAUUACGCACAGGGGAUUGGAGGAAACUCAUGCUUGCUGCCUCGAAGGUUGUGA